AUGGCAGGGCAUAGCAGUAUGAUGAAUUUACUAUUAAUGGUUAUAAUACUGGCAACUAUGUCUUUCACCACCAAAGCCCAACCUGCGCUCGCGCCAGCCUCAUCAUUGCCACCUGCUAAGGUGUUUAGUCUGGCAUUGUUUUUUCUAAACAUUUCCCAACCAGAUUUACAACCAACUCCAAACACCGUGCCCUCACCACCAUCUCCAACCAUGGAACCACCUACAAAUGAUUCUGUUCCUCCACCACUAGGGGGAAACACUCCGCCAUCAGUUCCGAUCAUCAAUCCUACUUUAUCACCACCUCCGCCCAUGGAACCACCUGAAGAUGAUUUUCCUCCUCCAUUAGGGGGGACCACUCCGCCAUCAGUUCCUAUGAUCAAUCCUACUCCACCACCUUCACAACCAAACAAAAUACCACCCACGGAUGGUGAUCUGGCGGUCAAUCCUCCACCAGAUCAACCACCAUCACCACCAGUUAACAAGGAUACUACACCAAUGCCACCAUCAAAAGAGUAA